UCCACGACAGAUGGCACUGUCAAGAAAAACCGUUGGCUCUUUCAUUUGAUUUUAACUGCAAUAUGGACGAGGUACGUGUCGUUAGAAUUAACAACUUGCUGCGGAUACCGAGAUGCUACCACGAUGGCCCAAGUAAAAUUCGCACAGGAAAACUGUGAAGAGGAAGCAGAGAAAUCAGCAAGUGAUGCCAUUCAGAGAUAAUGGUGUUAAUCACUCGUAAAUUCGCCCAACUCACACCGAGCAGCCUCGGCGUUCGCCCCUUAGCCGACUAUCCUAUUUACCACCCUGCCGACCGGAGGCGGUGAGUGCAGCAACCUCGCAGCUGCGCAGGUGUAUCGCACCCGGCACCUGCCUUCUUAUCAACAUCUCCGAAAAGUUCUCCAGUCACGCCAAAGGGAAGGUCCGGCUCGGCUACCAUCCUCUGUAUUCUCGUCUGACCUCACCCUACUCUCGUUCCUGGCGCAACUUUGCCGUCCGGAGAGACGAAUUUCCUGCGCUCUCUUGUUACUGUUGCACCUUCUCGCACCACCUGCAUCCAUCGGCAGGCGAGCUACCGCCGUUGUUGGGCAGGACGAUGCGAUGGGCGAGGGCAGAAGCGACCGUUCCGGCAAAAGGCAAAGGUCCUCCUCCACCCGCGGCAUCGGCGAGUCUUCCUCGGAUUCCGAGAUAGCGCGCGGCAAAGGAGGCAAGGGUAAAGCACGCAAGAGCAAGGUCAAGGAAAGAUGGCCGUUCCUCGAAGGGCUGACAGUCGACGAAUUGGCUCGAUACCGACGAAGACGCGUACACGACCGGCCGAAGGACAAUCUCCAACCUUAUCCAGAACUGUCACCGGUGGUUAUCCAGGACCCCGCGUCUGAGUAUCAGCGCGCAUUCGGUAUGACCGUCGAGGAACCGUCUAAGGAAAAUGUCUGGCCAAUAAAAGGUAACGAAUCUGAGGAUUAUCCGCGUGUAGAAAGGACCAUCGAGGAUGCGCGAUCUUCACGUCGCAUGGCUCUCAGCGAACGCGAAGCGAUCGAGGAUCGAUCUGUUGCAAAGAGGACUGCUCCCCCUCAUGAUCACGAAACGAUGGAUGCCUCGAAAUUUGAGACUUCGAUCAAACGUUCGUCUCCUAUUAGGAGGGGCACCAGCUUGAAAUGCGGCGGUGAUUUCUACACGGAUACGGAAACAUACACGGCGUACGUACCUUAUGAAGGUCAGCACCGAGCCGAGCUCGCGCGCCGACCCACGUCCUUAAGGAUGGAGGGUGAGCUGGAUACCAUGACGGAGAAGUGCGAGAAGUUCAUCGAGUGGCUAAACGUCAGUCGACCGGAGCUCAUGCGUAUACCCACCCACCUGAAGAUGGAGGGCGAACUGGAAACAUCGACGGAGAAUCACGAUAAAUACGUCCCGUUCGUAGGCGCGCGAAGACCUGAACUGCUGAGACGAAGUACGAAUCUAAAGCUCGAGGGAGAUACGUACUUUCUGCCGGAAUAUACGGACGUGUUCAGGGACUACAGCAUCAAAGAUAGACUGCAGCCCAAAAAGCCUCAGACGCACUUAAAAGCCAGUGGAGAUUUUUUCCAAGACACGGAAAACACGGAGAAUUUCGUCCACCCUCGUGUUAAGCAGGCACAGCAGCAGGCUAAACUAGUUAGAGAUGAUGACAAUGAUGAGGAAGACAACAGACGGAUGAGAUCUCUCGAGCGGAAGGAGGACCGAAAGAAGGACGAAGAGAUGAGAAUGUUAGUGUCGAAGUUGGAAGAUCUCAAUGGCCGACCGCUUGAUAUCCCGGAAUAUCGAGACGCUUAUAAGGACUUCCCACGCGAACGGCCGAAGAUCUCGAAACCGGACGACGAGAUAGGUCGUGCCGACGGCUCAAAAGUAUCCUCGCCGUCACGCUCUAAGUUUUCCACGAAGAUAGAUCAAGACCCGGAAUACAAAUCCAAGUAUCUAGAAUAUCCGCGGGAUCGUCCCAUAUAUCGGAAACCGCCAACGAUGCUGCGACCGACGAUGGCAACCUCUCCUACGCGUGGUAGCGCUUGUUUCUUUAACAGGAUCCAGCCGAUUCACCAGGAGUGCCGCGCAUUCGAAUACGAACCCAUUAGCGAAGUGAGGUCGCAGUAUGUUCCAUAUGGACACGUGCCACGGGUCGAGACAUUGAAGAUGCCGGCGAAUUUACGGCCGGAAGGUAACAUCGACCUUCAGCCAGAAUACAGAAAUGCCUAUUGCGCGCGAUAUGAUCGUCAAGAUGGCGGCUUAGAAUCCCGAGCAUAUGGCAGAGCUGAUCGUAGUCCAAACGCCUCAAGAAGAGGUGAGAAUUAUUGGUUGAAUGACAACAAUAACAACGAUUAUCAGUGCGACAGGACGCCUCAGGAUCAAGACGCGUUUCGAGUGUUGAACACUCGGAUUCUCGAGGACAACGUCAUUGGGAAGCCACCGCCCGCCAGUAGAAGAAGUUCCAAGCUCUCCCAGGCUACGGCGCCAAGACUAGCGCAGCCGACAGAGCUGACGGAUCGCGCGGUUACGAGAAUGCGAUCUCCUAGUCCAACGUAUCGACUUCACGUGUGCGACGUGGACAACGAACCACGAGGCUUCGGUCAGUCAGCCAGACAGUCUUCCGAAAGGAUACGUAGCCCCUCGGCCGACCGUAUAAGUCGCAAUGACGUUACCAGGCCAUAUUCACCUAGUUUCGGUAGAACAGACAUCAAUAGGCAGGAUCGUCGCGUCGACGAUCAACCAUUCGUCGUUUUGGAUCAAGCCUUGAAAACCACCUCGGCUAGGAGACGGAAUGUCGAUGUCGCAGUACCGAUCUCCCGAAGCAGGCCUAGAACACCGACCAGGUGGAUGCCACCGUGGUACGACAAUACGAAUACGAUUUAGAGUGCAAGAAUUCGUCGAAGAAGUAUGGUCGAACUGCCUGAAAUUUUAAAAGCCAUAAUCCUACAUUCGACAGCGUUAAUGAACGACUAACAAAUGAUUUUUGCGUUAGACGUCUUAACAUCUAACUGACUCUUAGUACCUAAACGUAGACGUCAAGCAAAUGCCAGAAAGUAUAUGUGCGAAAAAUUCUCUCGUGUCAACUUUCGUAGGCGAAAAAUAGAAUUAAUAAUAAAUAAACACUGCCUAUGUAACUACGUAUGUAUUACUGAGAGAUCAACUGGGAGAUGUUUGAAUAUACGUUCUACUAUAUAGUGUAAGAAUAUUGGAGGUCAGUAUGUUAUAUAUA